AUGACUUCAAUGAAACCUAUUGCUUGGAUUGAUGUGCCAUUUCGUUCUAGUUGCGUAGGCCUGGUUUGCCUCCAGAUGCCUCAGGCUCUGACAUGCGUAGUGAAUGACUGGUGAUUUUCUGCCCGCUGGCUGUUGGUCCCAGCACCUUCUCUCUCACCCAACUUCCUCCUGCAUCUUACUCUCACCCAUACUCUGAGACAUAGUCCCUGUGGAUCUUGCAGCGUUGCUCUCCAUUUGACCCGGUUGUGAUCUCUCCGUCCCCCUCAAGAGCAUCAAAUCCCUUUUCCUUGCUGUCAAGCACACCUAUCACUAUUCGAUAAGAAUCUCCCCCCUUCCUCUCCCACAACUGAAUCACUAACUCAACUACCUUAGCACAACCCACCAGCACAAUAUGAACGACAUCAUCGACAAAAUGGACCAAGAAGACCUCAUCCACCCCAUCACCACCCCCAGCUUCAACACCAACACUUACGCCUCCACCACAACAUCCACAACCAUAGCAAGCACCCACAGAAAACGAGCCUAUGACAAUGCCAACGACAGUGACUCCGACCCCAACAGCACCCAACCCCAUAACGCCAAACGACCCCGUCUCCCCUCCCCCUUCACCCUGCAAGCCGAACGCCUCGAAGAAGCCCUCAACCGCGAGAUCCAAGCCCAGGAAGAUGAAAUCACCAUGCAUCGGUACAGGAUGCUGAAUCGACGGGUCUUGAACGAAGCGCAUGAUCGGAUGUUCAGGCUUGCAAUGUUGCCCGACCAGGCGAGGGACGAGGAAUAUAAUGCGCAGCUGAGGAGGUGUUAUGAGUUGCAGAGGUGGGAGGAGAGGAUCAAGGGUGGGGAUGGGGAUAUGGACGUUGAUGUUGAUGUUGAUGUUGAUGUUGAUGUUGAGGUUGAUGGUGAGGUUGGGGAUGGGUAUGAGUGUGCGGGUGAAGAUGAGCAGGAGAGUGAGGAAAUGGUGGUUAGUUCUGCUGGCGCGACGGUGAAUUCAUCACCUGUGCAUCGGACGCAUCACCACCACGUCCAAAUCCAGGACGAUGUGACGCCGAAGAGUAGAAAGAAGGGGUGUCUUACUGGGGUUGGGGCUGGUGCUAGAGCCGAGUUUGCGAUCUAUGAGGAUCCCGUGACGGAAGGAUAUGACGUGGGUGUGAAUCAUCAUGAAGUACGUGUUUAUCGGGACUGGGAUGAGAAUAAGGAGAAUGUGGAUGAGGGGGAUGAUAAUCCGAAUGGGACCGAAACUGAGACUGAGAGUUUUUCGCAGGUUGAUGCUCAUCAGCAGAUGGAAGGGGGUGAUGGUCUUCAAGGUGAGGAUGUGUUUGGGUCCCCCGUUGGGGUUUAUUGUUAUGCUGAUGAGGUUGAGGGUCGUCAUCUAGGUGAUGUUGAUGUUGAUGAGGAAGAGGAGCUGGAGUAUGCUGAUACGGAGGUUGAUCCUAUGGAUGAGGCUCUGGGUGAUCAGUUGCGAAGGAGGAGGUAUUCUGGUCUCAGACGGCAGAGGGGGCAGCUUGCUUCGCGUAGUGGUGGGGGGCUGGGUGUUACUGAGGUUUCAUUGAAUCCGUUGAUGCAGAGUGAGGUGCUUGGGGGUGGGGGUGAGGGUGAGGGUGAGGGCUCACAGAGUGUUGGUGUUGGGCGUGGACGACGGGGGACGAGACGGCUGUGAGCUGUUCUGGAGGGGGUUGCCUCGCUGCAUUCGGUUGAGUUGUAUCUGAUGAGAUCAUGACUGAUUGAUUU